AUGCCUCCCAAUUUCAACCACCCGACGGCGCCGCGCAGUCUGACCAUUUCUCUUGACGACACACUCAAAUCACCCACACCGAGACCAGGCCACGGCUACUUCACGAGACCGCUUCAAGGGAACGGCAGCAGCGUCAGCGUAAAUGAGCCACUUCAGCACCCUCCUCAGACCCCUCACACACCACACACACCCAUACCGGGUCUUCGCCAACUUGGCCAGCUCCUGCCGCGCCACACCUACUUCCGUGCCCGGGUCACCAUCCACCAGAUAUCAAGUGUCCCAUUCGUAAGCGGCGAGUUUGGUGUGCGGUGGAAGUUUAAAGGUGUACAGACACCCACGGGGAACAAGUCGGGGUUGUUGGACAGAGUAAAAGCGCGAGCGGAAAAGAGGACGGUGUCGGAUAAGGGCAAGGCACGCGAAGACUCUGGGGAGAUAAGUGUUGAUCACACUGCUCAGAGUUUGAUGAGUCCCCUUGCAGCGUCAAGUAACGGGCGCUCCGAAUCGCGCCCUCCCACUGUCGACCGCAGCGGAACCGGAUCGUCUGUGUCCUCCCAUUCCUCCUCCACUGCAGAUACAUCCCAGCACCUAUCAGUGGACUGGGGGACGACCGCGUCCUCUUCUUCCACAAACGCAUCUGCUAUCACUGUCUCCGCGUCCCCGACUACGACCACAUCUGAUCUUCCACUCCCCUCCCCUUCGACACUUAUCCCCCCAACCACAGCCACAGCCGCGCGUGGAAUGACGCCUUUCCUCAAAUUAAAAGACCACUCCGUCGUCUGGUCCCAGACACUGGACACGAUUCUCAAGCUUGAUGUCGAUAGAGAGACGACGAUGAUCCAACCAUGCCCUCUCAAGCUCGUUGUGAUGCAGCGAGUCAUCCCCGACGAUCCUCGUGGCUCUCCGCAGAAUCCGCGUCUCGGCGCGGUGUAUCUCAAUCUUGCCCAAUACGUGGGCCAGGGUGUCGUGGAACGAAAGUAUCUUUUGAAGGAAAGCAAAACAAACGCAACGUUGAAAAUUACAAUUGAAAUGACGCAUGUCAGUGGUGAAACCAAUUAUACGGCUCCUCCGCUUGCAAAGGGCGAGAUUCUCAACGGCAUCGCUGGGUUUCUGCAAAGCGACAUUGUGAAACGGCGGCCCCGCGCACUGGACAUAUACAGCCCCUACCCCGACGAGGAUGAUCUGGGCAUCAAAUCCACCGCGACUGCCAUGCCCCGCACGUCGCGAACAGCGCGCAAAGACACGUUCCCUGGCACAGGUGGAGGCCGCGAGAGCGAUAGCGAGGACGAACACGACAUCGACAUCGGCCCAGAAACGGAUAUCGUGGUAGGCGCGUUCGACGUACAACGCCUCCCGUUCACACAUACGACCAAGACAACAGAGAUGCUCAUCGAUGCACUGUUCAAUCCGGUCAAGAUCUCGGAUAAAAGGGAGGAGAGUCCCUUCACGGUGUACACUCCGCCCUCGCCUUCCGCGCUUCAGCAGCGCGACAGCAGUAGAAGCAGGAGUAGGAGUCGGCAGCGCUCCGAGUACGGACUCGGGCUAAGUGGUGUAGCGCUGGACCGCGAGCAUGCCGUUUGCUUUAGCGGGGACGACGCGCUUGGAUCGCAUAUGCACGUUCCUGGGCAUGGACCAGUGCGGGUCCCAUCGACGAAGAGACAAGGCUCUAUCUCGUCGUCGGUGUAUACGACCACCACAACGGCGAGUAGCGUGUGCAGUAGCGUGAGCUCACGGGCAGCGACCAUCGAUUCGGCAUCGGUGAAGGAUAGCAGUGGCGCUCGAAGUACAUUGGAUGCGAGUCCUGGGAAGCAGUCCGUGGGCGGGGGGUCGCUAGCGCGUGGCACACCGACACCAACGCCAGAAGGCCGUGUUGUUGUUGGCCCUGUCCAGGAAGAACAAAUCGGGGGCGUAAGAGCGUGGUGGAGGAAGCGGACGGCGAGACCUAGCACGCCGACCAUGAAGAUCAAAUGGUUUUCCGGCAUUUUGCAUAGCCUUACAGGAUUCCCAACGAUUGAGCACGGCCUUGUCAAACCCCGCCUAAAACACCUUGAAUCCGGUCUCGCCUCAGAUGCCAUCACACCCCUUCUCGCACCCAACAUUCCCCAGUUGCACACCUUCCUAUCCAUAACCGAGGCCGUCCUACCUGGGUCCCGUUCUAGCUAUCCAAAAUUCAUGUUUACCGACACACACCCUACCUAUGCAGACUUUUAUCUUUUCCCUAUUUUGGCUGAUUUACGCCCUUUGCCGGAAUGGAUAUCGGGUGUAUUGGAGCAUGAAUAUGGGCAGAGAAUGAAUAACUGGAUGGACUCGAUGGAUGGGCUCGAUUGCGUUAAUCGCACGAAAGAAGGUACCUUGAGUGCCGGUGUUGGGAUAUCUUAG